AUGACGUGUGACAUGUAUACGCCUGGAUCUGCCAAGCUAAACAAUGGAGCAGAGGUACCUUUACUGGGUUUAGGAUGCUAUGAUCCAGCAAACCCUGACUCGAUUGGUGAAGCUAUUCUUGUUGCAGCGCACCAUGGCUACCUGCAUUAUGACACAGCGAAAUUCUAUGAGAACGAGAGAGUUGUAGGUCAAGCUCUCCGUAAAUCAGGUAUUCCUCGCGACAAAAUUUUUCUCACGACAAAACUUUGGAAUACAGACCAUCACGACGUCGAGGCUGCAUUCGACGAAUCUCUCGAAAAGCUGGAUUUGGAAUACAUCGACAUGUAUCUGAUGCACUGGCCACAAGCCACGAUGCCAGACCAGCGAUUCAAGUCAGAUGACUCGAUCGAUUAUAUUAAAACAUGGAAAGCUAUGGAACAGCUUCUGAAGACGCGCGCUGGCAAGGUCAAGGGCAUAGGCGUCAGUAACUUCAGUGUGAAAACACUGACAGAGCUUCUGAAGCACGCCGAGAUUGUGCCUGCGAUGAACCAAAUUGAAACGCAUCCAUACAAUCAAGAUCGCGACCUUGUCAGACUCUGCCAGGAGAAGGGAAUUGUUGUCACGGCAUAUUCCCCUCUGGGUAUGGCCCUGUCCCCCAUGCCCGAAGACCGGGACAUCGUCUCUGUAGCUCAGGCUACGGGAGUGACGCCCGAACAAAUUAUUCUCAGCUGGAACGUGCAGCGCCAUGUCGUUGUGAUACCUAAGAGCUUGAAUCCCGUGCACAUUGAGCAAAACAUGAAGAUGGUCAAACUCAAUGAAGAACAGACACAGAGAAUCGACGCUAUUGCCAAUGAUCCAGAACGCCGCUGCAGACGCUUCUGUCCGGCAUACGACCCUCAAACAGACACCGUGGCGGGGUGGACUUAUGAGCAGCUCGGUUGGGAGAAACCAUAG